UGGGGAGAAAAAAAUUACCUCAUCUCUUUAUUUGGGCGAAAAUCACUUCACAUAAAGAGGGCUCCUGAAGCGGCGCGGCUGCGCCUUGAUUCGUUCAUAAUCCGACUGUUAUCGUUUGCUGAUGUUACCUAGUGAGCAAUGAAGGGACGGGACAAACCGCGCGUCACCGGCGCCGGUACAAAGUUCCGACUGCUGAUGUGGAAGAACUUCCUGCAGCAGUGGCGGCACCGCGUCCAGACCUGCGUGGAGGUCCUACUGCCCGUGUUGACACUGGCGCUGGUACUCAUCCUGCGCGCGGAGAUCGAACCCACGGUAGAAAACGUUAUGACCUACCCGGCGUUACCUGCGCACACAUUGAAUUAUUCGUUUAACGUUCUCGCAGGCAUGAAUUUCAGUCAGUUGUCCAUCGCAUACUCGCCUGAGAGCCCUGUACUCGAAAGAGUAAUGAGAAGGGCGACUGGUAAAUUAAUAACUCGAAACCUACAAGGCCUGAUACAGAUGAUACUAGAUCAAUACCCGGACUAUGCUGACAUGAUACCUCCCGAUCUAGAAUUACCGGAUUUAUCAGAAAUUCCUAUAAAUGGAACACUUAUUACUGAGAUUAUUGAUAGAAUCGUCGGUUUAAGAGUGCAUGCUUAUAAUAGCAGCGAGAGUUUGAGAAGCCUGUAUUCUUCAGAAGAAGUAACAAGGCAUGUUAUAGCAGGGGUCGAGUUCGAUGAUGAGCUUACUGGCGCCACCCAGCUCAGCAGUAACUUGCGAUAUUCCCUGAGAUUCCCGGAAAGACCGAGGCAGUUUGCAUUUUACUCGCGAGGGUCACAAUCGUGGCAGACCGACUUGACGUUUCCAGCUUUUCAAAUUCCCGGCCCGAGGAACCCGUAUUCUUGGGAAGGUGGCAAUGCUCCAGGAUACGUAAACGAAAUGUUCAUAGCGAUUCAGCAUUUAAUAUCGAUGGAGCUUGUAGCUGAAGUAACUGAACAAGACUAUUCCAACUUCAGCGUGGCUAUCCAGAGAUAUCCCCACCCUCCUUACGUGCUGGAUCUGGCCGUGGAAGCCUUGCAGUUCCUGAUGCCGAUGUUCAUAAUGAUCAGCUUUAGCUACACCGCUGUAAACAUCGUUCGGGCCGUUACAGUUGAAAAAGAACUGCAACUUAAGGAAACGAUGAAGAUUAUGGGGCUUCCUACUUGGUUACACUGGACAGCGUGGUUUUUUAAACAAUUUAUUUUUCUCCUGAUCAUAGCGAUUCUAGUUGUGAUUCUAGUUAAGAUAAACUGGUUUACGAACGAAGAGGGUUUUAGCGAUUAUGCUGUGUUUACCAACACGCCAUGGUCAGUGCUUCUCUUCUUCUUACUAAUGUACUUUGCCUGCACGAUAUUCUUUUGUUUUAUGGUCAGCGGUUUCUUCUCUAAAGGUAGCACAGCAGCCUUAUUCACUGGAGUGAUCUGGUUCCUGACGUACAUACCGGCUUUUGUGCUGCUGAUGGAUGUCCAGGUCUCGUCGGCCGUGCAAGCGCUCUUCUGCCUCAGCAUCAACACCGCCAUGGCGUUUGGAUUCCAGCUUAUACUUGCUAAAGAGAAUGCUGGAGGUAUGCAAUGGGGCCAAUUCUGGGAAGUGACCGAUCUGGAUUCAAAUCGUUUCAUGUUCGGAACCGUGGUGGUAAUGCUGGCCAUCGACUGCGUGCUGUACAUGCUGAUUGCCCUCUACUUGGAGCAGGUGCUGCCCGGGCCACACUCGGCUCCUAAGCCCUGGUAUUUUCUGUUCCAGAAAAACUUUUGGAUGCCAAAUAGAAAAAUUACGGCAGUUGACGGUUCAGUCGAUUAUAACGAUAGUCCAAACAUUAUAAUGGAAAAGGUUUGCGACGAGCACACCAUCGGAGUCAAAAUGACGAAUUUAACGAAAGUUUACGGGAAGAACGUGGCUGUAAAUAAUUUGUGUCUGGACAUAUAUGAUGGACAAAUCACAGUUUUACUUGGACACAAUGGCGCCGGAAAAUCCACUACUAUUUCUAUGCUAACGGGCAACACAGAAGUAACAAGCGGAUCAGUGUGGGUGGCGGGCUACGACAUCUCCCAGCAAACAGAGGCAGCCCGCGCCAACCUCGGCUUCUGUCCCCAGCAUAACGUACUGUUCAACGAACUGACGGUCAGGGAACACCUAGAAUUCUUCGGCAGAUUGAAGGGUUUCACGGGCCAAGACCUCCUGGAGGAUAUCGAUACGUUGAUUUCAAAGUUAGAGUUGGAUGAGAAGCGUGAUUACCAGUCGGCUGGACUCUCCGGAGGACAGAAGCGGAGACUAUCGGUUGGUAUAGCCCUCAGUGGAGCCCCACGGGUGGUGCUGCUCGAUGAACCCACCUCCGGCAUGGACCCAGCGUCUCGGCGUGCCCUCUGGGAUCUACUACAAAAGGAGAAAAUGGGGCGGUCCAUGAUCCUCACGACUCAUUUUAUGGACGAAGCCGACAUACUUGGAGAUAGAGUCGCUAUAAUGUCGAGCGGGCGUCUACAAUGCGUUGGCUCGCCAUACUUCCUCAAAAGUCACUAUGGAGUGGGCUACACGCUGGUGGUUGUCAAAAGAGAAGGCUUCCAACUUGAAUCUUGUACGGAGAUCAUCGGGCGACAUAUACCGGGAAUAACCAUUAAGGAAGAUAGAGGGACCGAAGUGACAUACGCUUUAACUAACGACCAGUCGCAUUUCUUUGAAGCAAUGCUCAACGAUUUGGAAGCGAACGUCGAUACGGUUAAAUUUAAAAACUAUGGUCUCACAGCUACUACCCUCGAAGAUGUUUUUAUGUCAGUCGGCUCGGAUGUGGCUCCCACCGCUUUUGACGAUGUGGAAACUAAUACGUCUGGAUUAACUGACGAUCUUAUAGCGGACAUGGAUAUAUUAUCAAUGGAUCAAAUGGACAAACAACAGGACAUGCUAAGUGGGUGUCGGCUCUGGGUGCAGCACGUCUGGGCCGUCUGGUAUAAGCUGUGGCUGGUGUGGUCGCGUUCGUGGAUGCUGCUACUGAUGCAGGUGCUAGUGCCAUUGCUCAUGAUCAACAUGACGCUUGGGAUUCUCCAGUGGGUCAUGUCGGUGCAGCCAACGGUAAUACAAAGGGCGCUGACGCUUGCACAAGGCUUCGUAGAAACUGAAACGGUACUCUCUUACAAUGGCACUUCGCAAAACUCGAUUGGUGCACUCGCCAAGGCCGCGUACGAGUACAUGUUCAGUUCGAGUGAUAUUGAAACUAUGAAGAUUACAGUCGUGGAGAAUGAGGCCGUCGAUGACUACUACUUGUAUAGGACUAAUGAGCCCUCGCAAAUGGCGUUUCUCCGAAGCCGAAUGCUGAUAGGAGCGACGUUCGACGAAGACUCAGCCACGGCUUGGUUCAGUAAUUUCGGGUACCACGAUGUGGCAAUCUCGCUGAGUGCCGUGCACCAGGCUCUGCUCAAGGCCUGGGACCCCAACGCCACUCUCAGUGUGUUCAACUACCCGCUUGAAGUUAAUUAUGUGGAUCAGAGCAACAUGCAAUCCUACGUUGCAUAUCUUUCCAUGCAACUUUCAUCGGGCAUAGCAAGCAGUCUUGCCAUCGUGAGCGCAGUUUUCGUUAUGUUCUAUAUCAAGGAACGCAUUCUUCGAGCUAAGCUCCUUCAAAAGGCCGCUGGCAUCCAGCCGGUCGUCAUGUGGGGCAGCGCCGCGGUGUUCGACUGGGCCUGGUUCUGCAUCAUCUCUGUGACAAUCGUCGUUUCGUGUGUAGCCUUCCAGGUUAUUGGUCUCAGCACGGUUUCAGAAUUAGGUCGGAUGUACCUAGUUCUCAUGGUGUACGGCGCCGCCAUGCUACCGCUGCACUAUCUAAUGUCGUUCCUGUUCAGCGGGCCGGCGAUGGGUUUCGUCGCCGUGUUCUUCAUUAACGUUCUAUUGGGUCAAAUGGGUCCGCAGAUCGUGGAAGCACUGCUCUCUCCGCAGCUGGACACGGAGCACGUGGCGGUGAUCCUCGACUACGUACUGCAGAUAUUCCCGCUCUACAGUCUCGUCAGAUCCGUCUCAUUUCUAAGCCACGUAGGCUUGACGGAAUGGUCGUGCUUGCAAGCGUGUGAUUACCUAUCGGCCGUCUUGCCUAUCGGCGAGUGCUCCAUGCAGACCAUGUGCGAUUAUAACUACACUGCUUGCUGCGUACGCGACGACCCGUUUUUCGAGUGGGAAGAGCCCGGCAUUCUGCGCUACCUGACUUGCAUGUUGGUCUCCGGCGUGGUCUUCUGGACCGUGCUCAUGUUUAUUGAGUACGAUGUAUACCACAAGAUCUUUAACUGGACGAAAACCCCACCGCCUCUCGACGAAAGCUCCAUAGACCCCGACGUUGUUGCCGAGAUGAAACACGUCGAGCAAAUCAGCAAGUGUAACUUAGCACAGCAGAGCCUCGUGGCGAAGGGCCUAUCGAAAUACUACGGGAAGCAUCUGGCUGUCAAUCAGGUUUCGUUCACGGUGGCAGAUGGGGAAGUAUUUGGUCUCCUGGGGGUGAACGGCGCUGGCAAGACCACUACCUUCAAAAUGCUGAUGGGCGACGAAACUAUUUCCAGUGGAGACGCCUUCGUCAGUGGCUACUCUGUAAAAACAGAUAUCAAUUCUGUACAUGAGAAUAUUGGGUACUGCCCGCAGUUCGACGCCGUUUUCGGCGAGCUGACGGGCCGGGAGACCCUGCGACUGUUCACCAUGCUCCGCGGGCUGCCGACCCAGUACGCCUCGAUGCGCGCAGACCUGCUCGCGGACUCGCUUGGCUUCACCAAACACCUGGAUAAGAGGGUGGAGCAAUACUCGGGAGGCAAUAAGCGGAAGCUUAGCACGGCUAUAGCGUUGCUUGGAUUCACACGGCUUGUAUUCGUCGACGAGCCUACGACGGGAGUGGACCCUGCAGCUAAGCGACAGGUAUGGCGCGCCAUUCGCGGCGCGCGGCGCGCGGGGCGCGGCGUGGUGCUGACGUCACACAGCAUGGAGGAGUGCGAGGCGCUCUGCUCGCGGCUCACCAUCAUGGUCAACGGCAACUUCCAGUGUCUCGGCACGCCGCAGCAUUUGAAGAACAAGUUCUCUGAAGGAUUCACAUUAACGAUAAAAAUGAAAUUGGACGAGGAAAGUACGGAUUCGAUAGCUGGCGCGCGCGGUAUUGCUGCCGUAAAACGUUACGUAGAGACCAAUUUCACCACUCCCAAGCUAAUGGAAGAGUACCAGGGCCUACUAACUUACUACCUGCCAGACAGAAGCGUUGCCUGGUCCAAAAUGUUCGGCACAAUGGAACGUUGCCGGCGAGACCACGACGUGGAGGACUACACCAUCUCACAAACCACGUUGGAACAAAUAUUCCUGCAGUUCACAAAGUACCAGAGAGAAAUGUCAGAUAGGUUAUAGUAUUAAGUUGGCAACACAGACAAAACAUC